GUAGGCUUAAUUUGAGUCCUUUGUCAUAAGCAGAAAGACAAUAAGAUGAAAGCAGUGAUGCUAUUGAAUCCUUCAACUCCUCCUCGGAAUUCUUCAACCCUAGAGUCCUCCUCAUCAUCAACGCCCUUCCCUCUUCGUCCUUCUCCCAAUAUUUCUGGCUUCUUGUGGAGGAAACAAAAUUCGUUGCAGAAUACGAUUCGUAUUCGUUUACCGGGUGGUUCAAAGCAGCUAGUUGUUAAGGCUGUAGUGACUCCAGAUUCAGUAGCAGAGUUACCACUUACUGCAGAGAACAUUGAGAGUGUAUUGGAUGAAAUUCGACCGUACCUCAUUGCCGAUGGAGGCAAUGUCGCGUUGCAUGAGAUUGAUGUGAAUGUAGUAAAGUUAAAACUCCAAGGAACCUGUGGCUCAUGUCCAAGUUCUGUAGUGACCAUGGAAAUGGGAAUUAGGCGCCGUUUGAUGGAAAAGAUCCCAGAAAUUAUUGCGGUUGAAUCUGUUCCAGAUGAAAAAGCCGGCCUUGAGCUUAAUGAAGAAAACAUUGAGAUGGUUCUUGAAGAAUUAAGGCCAUAUCUCGUUGGUGCAGCUGGGGGAACUUUAGAACUAGUGGCAAUUGAGGAGCCAAUAGUUAAAGUACGAAUCACAGGUCCUGGGGCUGGUGUAAUUACUGUUCGUGUGGCUGUAACUCAGAAACUACGAGAGAAAAUCCCAGCAAUAGCUGCAGUUCAACUUUUGCAGUAGAGGUGUCAUAAGCCUGUUGAAUAGAAGCGGGAUUGGUUCAAUUCGUUUUAAGCCUUUGUACACAGGUCAUGUGCCAUACAAUUUCAUACCAGAGGUUAAAGGUGUUGCAGGCCAAAUAUGUACAGUUUCAUUAUCACGUUUUCUUUCACUCUACUCGGUUCUUUAUUGUAAUCAGAACCAGUGGAAGAGAUUUUGUGGAUAUUAAUUAUCAAAAGAAAUUAUUUUGAUCAGUUUA